GCGUUCUGUGCUGCAUAGGUGGCGCAUUGGUGGCGGUUGGUGGUCUGUCUUGAUAAACUUCUCUGUUUUUAUUAGUGGUUUGUGGUGUCCGUCCCGUUCCAGAAAACUUCAAAGACGCUUAGACUUAUUAGUGUUUUUGAAAUUGUGAUCAACAGUCGAGUCUGCGGAAAAUGGCUUAUUUUGGCAAGGAAUUCAAACUAGACAGGCAAGAGAACUACGAUGGCUUCGUCAAUUUUGUUUACGAUGGAGUUGCCGACGAACAAUAUAGACAAGCCCUAAUUGCCGAUAAACCCACCAUGAAACUCAUCAAAUCAGGCGAUGGUUACGCUUGGUGUUGUACAAAGGCUGAUAAAAGCACCCACGAGGAACGCUUCGUACCUGGAGUUGAAUAUGAUGAAGUUAUUGGAGGCAAGAAUGCCAAACAUACGACUACCGUGGACGGCAAUGUCUUCACUAAAGUCACGAAGUUUCCGGAAGGCAAUAUCACGAUUAAAAAGGAGUUCAAAGACAAUGAACUUGUUAUUACCUACACCUGUACUAAGUGGGAAGGGACAGCUGUCAGAUACUUCAAAGCUUAAACUUGUACUCACAUGUUAUUACUUUGUAUUAUAAGUAUAACAACGUAGAGGCCUAAAAUGAUGUUUUAUUUU